AGCGCCCGGCUUUCUCCCCCCAAGAUGGCGUCCAUGCGGGAGAGCGACACGGGUCUGUGGCUGCACAACAAGCUCGGCGCCACGGACGAGCUGUGGGCGCCGCCCAGCAUCGCGUCCCUGCUCACGGCAGCGGUCAUCGACAACAUCCGCCUCUGCUUCCACGGCCUCUCGUCGGCCGUGAAGCUCAAGCUGCUGCUCGGGACCCUGCACCUCCCGCGCCGCACAGUGGACGAGAUGAAGGGCGCCCUGGCAGAGGUCAUCCAGCUGGCCACCCUGGACUCGGACCCCUGGGUUCUCAUGGUUGCUGACAUCCUCAAGUCCUUUCCUGACACAGGCUCGCUUAACCUUGAUCUUGAAGAGCAGAAUCCCAACGUUCAAGAUAUUUUAGGAGAACUUAGAGAAAAGGUGGGCGAGUGCGAGGCAUCGGCCAUGCUGCCGCUGGAGUGCCGGUACCUGAACAAGAGCGCCCUGACGACCCUCGCCGGGCCCCUCGCGCCUCCCGCGAAGCACUUCCAGCUGAAGAGGAAGCCCAAGAGCGCCACGCUGCGGGCCGAGCUGCUGCAGAAGUCCACCGAGACGGCCCAGCAGCUGAAGAGGAGUGCAGGGGUGCCCUUCCACGCCAAGGGCCGGGGACUGCUCCGCAAGAUGGACACCACAACCCCGCUCAGAGGCAUCCCGAAGCAGGCGCCCUUCAGAAGUCCCACCGCCCCCAGUGUCUUCAGCCCUGCUGGGAACCGGACCCCCAUCCCACCUUCAAGGACACCCCUGCGGAAGGAGAGGGGAGUGAAGCUGCUGGACAUCUCUGAGCUGGACAUGGUUGGUGCUGGCCGAGAGGCGAAGAGGAGAAGGAAGACGCUGGAUGCAGAAGUGGUGGAAAAGCCAGCCAAGGAAGAGACAGUCAUCGAGAACGCCACCCCAGACUACGCAGCUGGCCUGGUGUCCACACAGAAACUCGGGGCCUUGAACAACGAGCCUGCACUGCCUUCCACGAGCUACCUGCCUGCUACGCCCAGCGUGGUGCCUGCCUCCUCGUAUAUCCCCAGCUCCGAGACCCCGCCAGCCCCAUCUUCCCGGGAAGCCAGCCUGCAGGCCAGCCGGCCGCCUGAGGAGCCCCAAGCCCCAAGCCCUGCGCUGCCGUCGCAGUUCAAGCAGAGGGCGCCCAUGUACAACAGCGGCCCUGCUGCGCCUGCACCGCCUGCCUCGCCCCUAACGCCCACCACACCCCCGGCUGCUGCCCUCCCCACGCAGACGCCCCCUGUGGCCAUGGUGGCCCCACAGGCCCAGCCACCCGCCCAGCCACAGCCCAAGAAGAACCUGUCCCUAACGAGGGAGCAGAUGUUCGCUGCCCAGGAGAUGUUCAAGACAGCCAACAAAGUCACACGGCCUGAGAAGGCCCUCAUCCUGGGCUUCAUGGCGGGCUCCCGAGAGAACCCGUGCCAGGAGCAGGGUGACGUGAUCCAGAUCAAGCUCAGCGAGCACACAGAGGACCUGCCCAAGUCAGACGGCCAGGGCAGCACCACCAUGCUGGUGGACACAGUGUUCGAGAUGAACUACGCCACGGGCCAGUGGACGCGCUUCAAGAAGUACAAGCCCAUGGCCAAUGUGUCCUAGGCGCCGCCUGCAUGCCCCUGGCAGCCUGCCCUGGGCCCCGAGGGACUCCACUCUGCUGGCCUCCUGGGCGACCAGCUCCAGUGUGGCUCAGCCUGGCUCACUUAAGCUUCAGAUGCUUUUCUCUGGGGUGGUUCGGACUUAUUUUUACAUUUUAACAUGGGUUCCCUUUUGUGUGAUUGAAGAUACUUUUGGAUUCAAUAUUACAUUUUUCAAUGUCACCAAAAAAGAAGUAACUUCUGAGUUUUAGCA